GUUGUUAAAAAGGCGGUGAGGGCCGAACGAUUCCUGAGCCUCGACAAGCGGCGUAAACCGAAAGGUGGAACAAAUAGCGCUGCUGGAACCAGUGCAGCCGCCUCGGGCAACGAUUCUCGAGAGGGCAAGAAGAAAAGGUUCUUCUCACGCAGACAGAAUGGAGUCAUAAAAGCAUCCGCCGCCGCGGUAAUCCCGCCGCGUGGGAAUGCCACCAGGCCUGCCUCACGACCCACUACCAGCCCUGGAUCCACGACGGCCCAUCCCAGAGCCCACGAGAACCAAGUGGACCGACCGUGGGAGCGACGACUUUCUCCUCAGAAGCGCGCCGAGCUCAUGGCCCGAGGGGUAUGCCUAAAUUGCGAAGAGGCCGGUCAUAUGGCGCGUAGUUGCCCAAAGCUCACUACCAUGAGGUCCAAAGUGAAAGGGAAACCUCCAGGGUUUGGGGCGCACGGAUCUCGAGCGCUUUCCCAGUGGGAUUCAGGGAGGACAGAGCGACAUUGGAGCGAUGGUCGUGGCUCGACGGGUCAGAAGAGGAUGCGGAGAGCUGGGACGACUCGGAGGACCUGGAUGAUGAUGAGCUGAAUUACACUGCGUGGGGGCUGGUCGAGAAUCCGGACGUGGAGGAACUGGCCGAUGGAAUCCGGUCCAUGACGCUGGACCCGUAUCCCGCGGACUGCACCAGCCCACGCCGGCCUGAGCUUGGGUUAAUCGACCGGGCCGUUGAGUUGACUGAAAGCACGGGGUUGGGAUCGACAGGCGUUGGGGACCUGGCUGCCCGGUUCGCUAGCCUGGUUCUUCAGCGAUGCGCCCCGUUCCCGGGCGACGACGGCUCCGAGCCCACGGAGGGACGUUUCCUGGUCUACCGCGUCCUGGGCGGGGACUACUACUGCAUCUUAGAUUGCGGCACACCGUUGGAUAUUCUCGAGGGCGAUGAGCUGGUGAAAUCAGCCGACUUGCAAGAUCCCAACUUCGAACUGGGCUGGCAUUGGGCUCAGAAAUGCUAUUUAGCACAGGGCAUACACCCCGACGCGCCUGACUUAAUACUCCCGGAACGAUACUUCCUACGCACAGGAAUCUCUCGGUGAUGACUAUGUGCACAGGGAAAGGUUAUUGGUCGAGGGACAGGAAGUGUCGCCAGGUGUAUUCGAGUUUGGCCGUACAGAUAGUGAUGUGCGGAUGCGAAUGGAGCGUUCGACCUUACUGAAUCCGGACCUCGAUCUGCGCAGGUGGUACAGAGAUCACUGGGACGGUAGCAGUGAACUGUACGACGACUUACCUCCCCUGGAGAGCUCCAACGAAUCCGACGACGAGCUCGAGGAAGGAGCUGACGAUCCGUACAACGCCUCCUGGCAAGCGUGGGUAAACACAACCUCCGAUUGUGGACUUCAGCCCGACCUCUCGCCGAGCCCCAUAGGCUCAAUGGGGGAUCUGUGUUAUGAGAUGUCGGAGGAAACGGUGCGGCCAGGGAGUGAUCAGUGGGACUUGUGUUCCGAUGAGCCCCAGCAUGGGAAAUCUUGUGGGAGGCAGGUCGGAGACCUCAUGGCCGAUGGCGUAAGAAGCCUGCUGGAAUUCUGUCAGCCCUACCCUGGUGACGACAGGAUAAGGCCCGACGCCCCGUGCUGGACAGGUAAACGGUUCAGCGUGGUGUCGUCCUGCCGAGUUCCAUGCUGGAAAAUCGGCACUUUGAGCUCGCCGCCUGGUAUUCCGGUCGAGUGAGCGAGCGGUUGCUCAUACCGUCAGAAGGGACGGCUCCGGGGCAUCGAAUUGCGGUUGAU